GCAUCUAAGUGAAAGAUUCCGAAGUAUGUAUCUGCUUGAACUGCUUCUAGUGUCUUUAGCGAUUUCUUUUGCAUACGGAGACCCUCGAAUAAUGACAACUGUCUUCCAAGCCGUUAACUUUGCCAGAGAAAUAAGAGGUCGACGCCUUAAUGGAAGUGUUAUUACAGAAAUACAGGUGGAUUCAGAGAGUUCUUGUCGACUACACUGUGUUAAAGAAAGCUCAUGUGUGUCAUACAACUUUGGAUCCACAAUAAACAACAAGAAGUUUAAAUGUCAACUAAGCGACUCCGAUCGCUUUGCUAGUUUUAAGAAUUUCACCGAAGACAACAAAUUUCUCUACCGAGGAGUGAAGAGCGAUUGUGAAGUCACCUCUUCCCUUUGUGCAGAAAACGAGAUUUGUGUUCCCAACUAUAAAGAGAACACUGCAGAAUGUAAAUGUCGUUAUGCUUCUGGAUAUACGGGAAAACCAUGCAAAGCAAAAAGCUGCACCCAACUACUUAAAGAUGGUUUCACUUCCAAUGGCGUGUACACCAUCAAUCCAGAUGGCGGUAAACCAAUACGAGUGUUGUGUGACAUGACCACAGACGGUGGAGGUUGGACCGUUUUCCAGAGACGUAUGGACGGCUCCGUUGACUUCUAUCGCGACUGGAAACCUUACAAAGAGGGGUUCGGAAGUUUAAGCGGCGAGUUCUGGCUCGGAAACGACAAUCUUCAUCGUUUGACGAACGCCAAUGACGUCAUGUUGAGAAUUGACUUGGAGGACUUUGAGGGGAGCAUCACAUUCGCUGAGUACAAUACAUUUAAGGUGGCACACGAAGCCGAUAAUUACAGACUCACUCUCGAAGAAUACGGUGGCUCAGCGGGAGAUUCCUUCAUGUAUCAUAGCGAUAUGCAGUUUUCCACGAAAGAUCAAGAUAAUGAUCUAAAGGAUAUAAGCUGUGCCCAACACUACAAAGGGGCCUGGUGGUACAACGGCUGCCAUUGGUCCAAUCUAAACGGAUUGUAUUUGAAUGGCCAACAUGCCUCUUAUGCUGAUGGAGUCAACUGGGGCACGUUAAGAGGCCAUCGCUACUCACUAAAACGCACUGAGAUGAAAGUAAAAACCAAGGGAUAAGAUGGUUUCUAUCGUGGGGUGACAAAACAUUAUCUCAAAGUGCCUAUGAAACGAAAUUUUUUUGUGUAAAUACUUAGCUUAUCAUAUGUGCAAACCGAUUCUGAUAGAAG